AUGAGAACUUUUCUUGUGUCCACAUGUAAUCUAUCAGCUUUAACAUGCUUAUGUUUAUCAGUCAUUGAUCAAUAUUUUGCUACAUGUACUCGUCCGCAAUGGCAUCGAUAUUCCAAUAUUCGCAUUGCACAUCGUGUGAUAAUAACAAUCACAUUAAUUUGGUGUUGUCAUGCAAUACUUUUUCUUAUCAAUUUCAAUCAAUUAUCACCAAUAAAUCCAUCGAUCUGUAUUGCAUCAAAUUUUAUAUUUCUUCAAUAUAAUGUUUAUUUAUAUUUUAUAACAUAUGGAAAUCUUUUUCCAUUAAUAGCUGUAGUAUUUGGUUUGUUAGCUUAUCGAAAUGCUCGAACUUUAUUAACGCGAACAAAUCCAAUUAUUCGACAAGAAUUAGAUAAACAACUGACUACAAUGGUUCUUGUCGAAAUAUGUGUUUAUGUUUGUACUUAUACACCAUUUUCAAUAGUCAAUUCAAUAUCAUCAUUAAAUACAAAUAAGGAACCAAUUUUUCUUGCUAAAUUAAGUUUAGCUAAUGCAAUUGCGUUAACAUUGAGUUUUCUAAGCAAUGGAAAUUCAUUUUAUACCUAUGUUUGUGUUUCAAAAAGAUUUCGUCGACAAGCAAAAUAUGUUUUGUAUGACCUGUUUAUCAGUAAAUGUGGACGAGAAAAUCGAAUUAUUCCAGUUAAUACGGAGAAUCCAGCAACAACAGGAUGA